GCUCUUUUUAAGCAUAAAAAUCCUUUAACAGAAAAUGUCUUCCUGAGCACUUUUAUGUUAGACAUUAAAGAAAGUCAGAACAUUGCCCAUCUCCACAACCAGAUCACGGCCUGUGACUCCAUAUUGGAGCGUAUGGAGGGUAUGCUGAGUGGCUUUCAGAGCGACCUCUCCUCCAUCAGCAGUGAGAUCCAGACCCUGCAGCAGCAGUCAGUCAGUAUGAACGUGCGACUGAAGAACAGGCAGGCUGUUCGCAGCCACCUCAGCCAGCUGGUGGAUGAGCUGAUGGUGCCCGGAGUCAUGAUCUCCACCAUCAUGGAAAGUCCAGUGACGGAGCAGGACUUCCUUGAGCAGCUCCAUGAGCUCAACACAAAGAUCAACUUUGCCAAAGAGCUGAGCUUUAGAGAGACGUUGGCCUGCUCCGACAUCCAGGACAUCGUUGAUCGCCUCAAGCUCAAGGCCGUCUCAAAGAUCAGAGAGUUUAUUCUGCAAAAAAUCUACUCCUUCAGGAAACCGAUGACAAACUAUCAGAUCCCACAGAACACUCUGCUGAAAUACAGAUUUUUCUACCAGUUUCUUCUGGCUAAUGAAAGAACUGUUGCUAAAGAAAUCAGGGAUGAGUACGUGGACACUAUGAGCAAGAUUUACUACAGUUACUUCAAGUCCUACAGCGGGCGGCUUCUCAAAGUGCAGUAUGAGGAGGUAGCGGAUAAAGACGACCUGAUGGGAGUGGAAGAUACAGCAAAGAAAGGUUUCUUUUCCAAGCCCUCCUUAAAGAACAGGAACACCAUCUUCACUUUGGGCCAGAGGGGGACCAUAUUGAGUCCUGCAGAGCUGGAAGGGCCCAUCCUGGUUCCACAUACAGCUCAGAGAGGAGAAAGCAGGUAUCCUUAUGAGACGUUGUUCCGCAGCCAGCACUAUGCCCUGUUGGACAACGGCUGCAGAGAAUUCCUCUUCCUGUGUGAUUUCUUCAUGGUAGCUGGAAACUCUGCACUUGAUCUCUUCAACUGUAUCAUGGGAAAAACUCUCAGCAUGUUCCUGAAGAGCAUGUCCACCUACGUGUCCGACUGCUACGACAGCAUCGCUAUCUUUCUCUGCAUCCACAUCAUCCUCAGAUUCAGAGCCAUCACAGCAAAGAGGGACAUUCCUGCUCUUGACAAGUACUGGGAGGCUGUGCUGGAGCUGCUAUGGCCCAGGUUUGAACUCCUUCUGGAGAUGAACAUCCAGAGCAUCAGAAACACUGACCCUCAGAAACUGGGAGUGCUGGACACCAGACCGCACUACAUCACUCGGCGCUAUGCAGAGUUCUCCUCAGCUAUUGUGAGCAUCAACCAAACAUUUCCUAAUGAGAGGACCAACGUUCUGCUGGCUCAGCUGCAGGUUGAUGUUGAAAAUUUCGUGCUGAAGAUGGCCGCAGAGUUUCCCUCCAGGAGAGAUCAGCUCAUCUUCCUGAUUAACAACUACGACAUGUUGCUCAGCGUCCUGAUGGAGAGGGCAGCAGAUGACAGUAAAGAGGUAGAAAGUUUUCAACAGUUGCUACUCGCUAGAACACAGGAGUUUAUUGAGGAGAUUCUUUCCCCUCCUUUUGGAGGAAUGAUUGCCUUUGUUAAGGAGGCUGAAGCACUGAUGGAGAAAGGCCAGCUGGACCGACUAAAGAAUGAAGAAGCUCGGAUCACCCAGCUGGUCCGAGGGUUUUCCAGCACCUGGAAGCAGUCAGUGGAGGCGAUGAGUCAAGAUGUUAUGAGGUCUUUUACGAACUUCAAAAAUGGAACCAGCAUCAUACAGGGCGCUCUGACUCAGCUCAUCCAGUACUACCACGGCUUCCACAAGAUCCUCAACCAGCCGACGUUCCGCAGCCUGGCCGUCCGCUCUGAGCUCAUCAACCUCCACCAUCUCAUGGUGGAGGUGAAGAAGCAUAAACCUAACUUUUGAAAAGGCGGCUUGUUCUGCGUGGGAACACCCAGACGAACAGGGCUUCAGUCUGGAAGAUAAUCCAUCCUCUUUAAGGCUUGCUGAAAUGUAAUAGCCCCCCCCCCUUUUUUUUCCAAGUUGCAUCACAGAUCAGGAAGGAGGUACUUUCAUCUCUUCCUCUGAUCAUCAUUUGAAACCCUUUUAGGCCUUAAAAAGUAAAAUAAGUAAUUCACACAUGACCGUAAUAUUCCCUUUUGACAAGAUAAGAAGAUGCAUUGCUUUAAUAGUAAAAAAGGAAACUGCUAUGAACAUAAAGCAGCAAUAGUUCGAUCAUCCAACCAGCUGCUAAAUCCCAGUUGAAAUUAUCAGUUUAAGGAAUUAGAUUCAUUGUUACUUUCCCCCCCAGUAUGUAUUAAAACAAUUAAAUGUUGGGGUUAAAAUCAUGACACUGAAAGUAUUUAUCUGAGACAUUAAGUGGACACCUGCUAAACUGAAAUUGAAAAUUCAGCAGUUUUGUCAUGUGUGCAGGCAGGUGUUGUUUUCUCUCAGAAAGCCUGUAGUUAGGCUUUCCUGCGUCAGAGGAAACUGAUUUCUGAAUCAUAACGCUGCACCGGCUUCUGGAAAACUACUUGAACUGAGCUUAAGAAUAGAGACUGACCCUAAAAAGGAAACGCAAUUUCUUCAUGUCAACAAAUCCUAUUUAUAUACUGAUAAUAAAAGCCAAGGAGCAUCUCUCAGUACUGCUGACUUCCCGUCUUUGUUUAGACUAGAGCCAUCGACCUUUAGAUCGUUACUUCCUGAAGCAUUAAUACCAAGAAAAACCAAGACAAUUCAUUCAUUGAAGCUUUUGCAAACAUGUUCUCAUUUUCUCCAACCCUGCUCCCGUUAAAUGCCUAUUAAAUACAUAUUUAUGACCUAUGAAAUGUGUAUAAAAUAGAAAUGGCUCAAAUCUCACAUGUCAAUUAAUCAUUUUUUUUAUUUGUAAAGAUCUGAUAUUGCUACAGUGCCUCUGAUUGUGCCUCAGAUAUAUCUCAUCAAUUAAGAAGGCCUCUCAAAUAAAAAAAAUGUAGUGACCUGUUGCUAAUGAAUCAGAGCACACUCUAAUAACUAUCAGCGGAUCAAAUUAAAUUCCUCUUGAAAAUCAGAAUUGCCUCUGUUAAAAAGUGAAAUGUGUAAAAACAGCAAAGGGUCAGAAUUUCUAAUAGCGUUUUAAUUCAUGUUUUUUUGGAUGACAAAAAAGAGGCAAUAUUUUAGGGAAGGCUUUUGAUUUACUUGUAAGGAAAUUCCCUGACUGAAGCUUCCUGAAGUCGUUCCUUUGUUGGGCUGUAAAAAGUUCUUUGUGUUCUCAUUCCUGUGAAGUUGUUCAUGUCGUCAUUCCCAUGUAAACUAAUAUCCUGAAGACUUAAUGAAUCAUUAAAGACCAAAACUGUUUACUUUGCAUUUUUUUAUUGAAUA